AUGCCUGUUAACCACACCGCACCACAGGGAGGUGUCCUCUCUGGCGCUAACCCGGCCACAUUCAACUCCACCGACCCCAUUGUGCUGUUUGUGAUUCAGGCCACCAUUAUCAUCGUAACUUGUCGAUUACUUGCAAUUCCUUUAGCCAAGCUGAAACAGCCAAGAGUCAUCGCUGAAGUUCUGGGAGGUAUCAUUCUUGGUCCAUCUGUCAUGGGCCGCAUUCCAAACUACAUGGACACUAUUUUUCCAACUGCCUCGUUGCCCUACCUUAACCUAAUUGCUACCAUUGGCCUUGUCUUCUUCUUGUUUCAAGUCGGUUUGGAAGUCGAUGUCAAGCUGAUCAAACGAGAUGUACGAAAGAGCCUGACGGUGGGUAUCAUGGGAAUGGCUCUCCCUUUUGCUAUGGGAGUCGCUGUUAGUUAUGGACUCUAUCGUCUUCAAAACGACCCUACCAUUCCUUUUGGCUCCUAUCUCCUUUUUUUGGGUGUUGCCAUGUCGAUUACGGCUUUUCCAGUGCUUGCCCGCAUCCUAGCAGAAUUGAGACUGUUGAAAACAAGCGUUGGUGCGAUCACCAUGUCAGCUGGUCUGCUCAAUGAUUGCACUGCUUGGGUCUUACUUGCUUUGGUGGUUGCCUUACUGAACGCAUCGGGAGGUCUGACUGCCUUGUGGGUAUUUUUAUGUGCUAUCGCAUUCAGUUUACUGCUUAUUUUUAUCGUGGGGCCACUCUACCAUCGUCUCUGUUUGCACACCGGCUCAUAUGAUAAUGGGCCCACUCCACUUGUCAUGACGGUAACGCUCCUGAUGGUUUUGAUAUCAGCCUUUGUCACCGACAUCAUUGGCAUUCAUCCUAUUUUUGGCGGCUUCCUGGCUGGUGUGAUCAUCCCUCAUGAAAGAGGUUUGGCUGUCAAGAUCACUGAAAAGAUUGAAGAUAUCAUCAACAUUGUCUUUCUUCCUUUGUACUUUGCCCUGUCGGGUCUUAAAACGCAGAUUGGUCUCUUGGACACAGGCGAAAUAUGGGGCUACGUAUUCUUGGUUAUUUUCGUUGCGUGCUUUGGAAAAAUCACUGGAUGUACAGCUGCGGCCAAGAUCAACGGUAUGAACUGGAGAGAAUCCUUCACGGUUGGCUUCUUGAUGAACUGUAAAGGUCUAGUCGAACUCAUCGUUUUGAAUAUCGGCAAAGAUGCUGGUGUGUUGAAUGAUCAAACAUUUGUUAUCAUGGUAGUAAUGGCCAUUGUGACGACAUGCAUGACUACACCAGCUGUCCUUUGGUUAUAUCCCGAAUCAUAUCAGAGACAACGUGCACGUGAGCUAGGUGAAGCGGGCAGCAAAAGUCCCAUGGAAGCGAUCUCUCCACAAGAGCCCAAUGAGGAAACCUACCGACUGAUGGUGACGCUCAACAAGCUAGAAACCGUGCCUGCUAUGAUGGUCUUGAUCCAGAUGUUACAGCAUGAUGCCAAUAGUGAAAGACGUCGUAGAAGAUCGCAUCAACACCCUCAACGAUGGCCACUCGUUCAAUUGCAAGUGCACGCCCUUCGAUUGAUUGAAUUGACGCAACGAUCGUCCGCUGUGAUGAAAAUUCAAGAUAGUGAUACAUUGGAAAGAGACCCGGUUUUGAGCGUCUUCCGAACGUUUGCCAAAUUAAGCGGCAUCAGACUGCAAGAUGAUGUGAACAUCACCACCCCCACUGAAUUUCCCAACGUUGUAACCGAUACUGCUCAAGAUGAACGAGUUAAUGCUAUUAUCCUGCCUUGGCAGCUUCUUUCCAAAGAUUGGACCGGUAAGGUUAACGAAGAUCUUCUAGAAGGGUCAUCGGAGUUCAGCAAGGAGGCAAUGGAUGGCGCCAGGGAUGCGGUCUUUGUUCGACGAGUGCUGGAAAAUUCACGACACACCGUGGCUGUUUUGGUCGACCGAGGCUACACCAAAACUGCUUAUUCCAAGACCAUCCUGGUUCCUUUCAUUGGAGGCUCUGAUGAUCGUGAAGCCAUCAAAUUUGCUCUUCGUAUGCAGACGGAUGGAGCUAAAAUUGUCAUCCUACGGUUCGUGAAAGAGGAAUUGAAUCAAGGCAACGAAAAGAAGUCACCCCACUCCAAUGUGGCCAGCAGUCGGAAUCCAAGCGUGCUUUCUAUUCAAACCUAUUUACAAGAAAUAGAUGCUGUGGCUUCGGACCAGACCUUCUUUGAUACCCUGACGGAGGACGGUGUUAUCCGCGAUGGACACGAAGUUAGCCACGAUACCAUCCCGGAACAUGAAGAGUAUAUUCAGGAUCUGCCUCAAUGCCAAACCAUCAAAAUUACCAAGGUCAAACAACAAAUUGCAACGUUUGUCGACGGCCUGCAAGAAAGUGACUUAGUCAUUGUUGGACGUCGCCGUCUGGACACCGACAAAGCCACCUUGGAGAGCGGAGUCAGUGAAGCUGGUAAAACUCUUGGCGGAGUAGCGCAAAUUAUUAUGUCGAUGAGAGCCAGUUUAUUAGUUGUUCAAGCAGCUCCUGGUUCUGAGAAUAUCACAGAAUACGCAUAGAAGUCCCCUCCCUGGCCGUAUUUUUCUGUUGUUGCUCUAUGGAUUAUCUAUACCAAAUGGUUUAUUUUAUCUUAAACCAACCACAUUUUUCCUUACCACAUAUGCCCUUACUCCAAGUGUCGAAAUUGCCAUUACUGUAGCCUAUUGGUUUUGAAAGACAGACCAACACUUUCUUUCCCCGCACUCCCAUCUGAGCCUAUUUUCUAGUUUUUCUCAUUAAUGCGGUAUGGCAUAAAUUGCAUUGCAGUACCUGCAGCUCUCACGCUUGGUCUUACUACCUAGCCAAUUCCCUUUGGUUUCAGCAUCUGUAAGGUAGCAGAGACUAUGAUGGAAUGCACAUUUUCAAUAAAACACACUCAGUUUCAUUAAA